AGCAAACGCCUCUCUCUCUCUUUCACCUCCUUCUUUUAAUCGCUCUAGCACGAAUUUCGGCGCAAAAAGACAGAGAUCGGACGGCAAGAAAGCUGGAAAGAAGAAAAUCCGCUUUUCUUUUCCAUCGUCCGAUCAAUCUCUCUGCUUUUCUCCCUUAUAUCUCUCUCUCUCCCCCCAUUUUUCUCAAUUCCACCCGAAAAAGGAAAAAAGAAAAUCCCAUUUUCUAUUUGUCUCUUUCAUAAAAAUUCUCCUGAAUUCCUCUUCCAAAACCCUAGUUUCGUUCUCGAUUCCGAUCUGGGUCGUGUUUUGACUUAUCGUGGAAUUUGAUUUUCUUUUGCGGUAAUUUUUCUUUCUAUUGUAUGUGAAUUUCUAAUCUCGUUUCAAUUACGAUUGUGAAAUUUGUGAAAUAUCUUCCUUUUCUCGGUGGAAAGUGUGUGUGUGUAUGAUUCUCUGUCAGAUGCCCUUUCUCCUAUCUUUCUUUCAAUCGCAUUCGAAUUUCACCGCCCGAUACUUGAUUUCUGGUAUGAUCCACAAAUCUGAUGCUUUUUUCAUACACCGCCUGAGAAUUUCGCUUCAAAACCCAAUCUUUCCUACUCAGUCUCUGCCUCUGAUUCUCCAUCUGAAACCUUUUUCCCGUCACUGUAUCAGUAAUCUCUGAAAUUCACUUCAAAAACCCCUCCCUCCUGCUCGGCUUCUGGCAUCGCAGGAGAAUUUCACUCCAGAAUUCGACUUUUCUCGAUUGAUCUCUGCCCAUGACCUUUGCGGUUCUGAAUUGAUAUUUGGCGUUUGUAUUUUCAUCUGUUGCUGUUUCGAGAAUUUCCAUUUUCUUCGGGCAAAGGAUUAUAAGGUAUUCCUUAAUGGCGGAUCGGGAGAGGUCUUUUUCCAUAGAAGAAUUGCCUUCACACUUGAUUCUCGAGAUCUUGACUUCAGGCCGUCUGAGUGCGGCCGAUCUUGCCUGUUUGGAGAAGACGUCUCGGAUUUUCGGUGGGAGCCAUGGGCUAUACCCUCACAAGUUCCGGUCAAUGGCAGAAUUUGCUGCAUUCCAUCUCUGUGGGGCCCAUUCGAUAUUUGGGUCAUUGCCGAUGAAUGCUCGGAUGGAGCUCCUGGACCGCUGCAGCGGGAAUUGGAAGCGAGUGUUGAGGUUCCUGCAGUCCGUAGAACAAUCAUCCGGCAUGGUCGAGACAUCAGCAGGCAAUCAGAUGCAGAUAACUACUGGAAAAUAUCACACACUUCUGAUCAAUGACAACUCCUUGUACUCUUGCGGUUCCAGUUUAUGUGGAGUUCUUGGCCAUGGUCCGGUUACAACCCAACGGGAAGCACUUACCCGGGUCAAUUUUCCAUCCAAAUCACGUGUCAUCCAUGUGUCAGCAUCCCACAACCAUGCAGCUUUUGUCAUGCAGUCAGGAGAGGUGUUUACUUGCGGUGAUAAUUCAUCAUUUUGUUGUGGUCAUGGUGAAGUGAGGCGUGCUAUUUUCAAGCCUACUCGUGUUGAAGCACUGAAGGGAGUCCCUUGCAAGCAGGUUGCAACUGGGCUUAAUUUUACCGUGAUCCUCACGAGGCAGGGGCAUGUGUAUACAUGUGGGACCAAUGCACAUGGACAGCUUGGCCAUGGGGACACUCUAGACAGGCCUACUCCUAAAAUUGUUGAACCAUUUGAUGUUCUCGGCUGUGUAGUUCAGAUUGCUGCGGGUGCAAGUUACACCUUAGCUGUCACCGUUGAUGGAACAGUUCAUUCUUUCGGUUCUGGCUCCAACUUCUGUCUUGGCCAUGGAGACCAACACAAUGAGUUCCAACCACGUGCCAUCCAGUCAUUUAAGAGGAAGAACAUUCAUGUAGUUCGUGUCUCUGCUGGGGAUGAGCAUGCAGUAGCACUCGAUUCCAGUGGAUAUGUGUAUACAUGGGGCAAAGGCUAUUGUGGUGCAUUGGGCCAUGGAGAUGAGAAUGACAAGACUAUUCCAGGAUUACUGACAAGUCUUAAGGGCCACCUUGCUGUGCAGGUCUGUGCAAGGAAGAGGAAGACCUUUGUCCUCAUGGACAAUGGCUCCACUUUUGGCUUCGGGUGGAUGGGGUUUGGGAGCUUGGGCUUUUCUGAUCGAGGCGCCUCUGACAAAGUCACCAAGCCACGGAUUCUUGAUAGCCUGAGGGCCCACCAUAUUUCUCAAAUAAGCACAGGUCUGUACCACACUGUGGCAGUCACCAACAGGGGGCUGAUCUUUGGGUUUGGAGACAAUGAACGGGGGCAGCUUGGGCAUGGCUCAUUGAGAGGGUGCCUGCAGCCAACUGAAAUUGUGGUGCAGACGACAUCAGAAGAGACGGAUAUUUCUGAUGAAAGUGGGUAAUCUACAAUACCUUUGACAACAUGUUUUAGUAAUUGACUUCUGUAUGAGACUUGUGUAGUUUAUGUUUAGUACCUGAGGUGUUUUCUUGCAUUAUCUAAUAGAAGAAGCUCAUAGUCCUUGUAUUGAAAUUCAACUGCAAGAAAAAAAAAAAAAAGAAGCUGAAAUAUUGUUGUAUUUGUUAUGUAAGCUCUAGCAGUCUGCAGGUUUGGUUUGAUGCUGA